GACUGGCCCCACCUAUUCUCAAAGUUUGGAAAGUGGCAUUUGCAAACUGUCUGCCUCUUGUUAAAACCACACCCUCACCUGUGUGGUAUCUCUGCCUGCACCUAGUUUCCGCUCUCCGGCUGCUGAGAGACGCUUGAAAAUGAUAUUUCAACAGACGCGGGUGUAUUCAGCUUCAGCAGUCCAGUAGCUAUAUUAACCUAAUCAACUGAAGAAUGGUCAGAAAGAAAUCCUGAAGUCUCUUUUUUCCCCUCCCUAUCUCCCUCUGAGUCGAACAGCACAGGGGGAAAAAAAACAGAAGACAAACAUGAAAGACACAGAAGGAGAAGGAGGAGGAGGCGGUGGAGCUAAAAUCAGUAAAUCUGAGAAGGACCAGAGCUGGAUCCCCAAGAUCAUAAAGAAAAGAGUGUGCACCACCUUUGUAGAGGAUUCUUUCAGUAAUGGAGCGCUUUGCCAGUGUGGGGGUGCGAGAGACACCCACGACUCUGUGGCUCUCGGUGACUAUUUCAGCACGGCGAUCGUCAACCACUGGGACAGCGCCCAGCACUCCUCUGAGUACCCGACUGACGCCUUUGGGGAGCUGCAGUUUGCAGGAGCCAGCAAGAGGCAUAGCUAUUUUCUGCGUCUGUCAUGGGACACACCUCCGUCUAUGGUCUAUACCCUGAUGACAGCCCAUUGGGGCCUGCCUGCGCCCAAUCUGGUGGUUUCUGUAGUGGGUGGAGAAGGAAGGUCAAAGGUGAAGACCUGGGUACGGGAGGUCCUCCGGCAGGGUCUGGUUAAAGCCUCACAAAGCACAGGAGCGUGGAUCCUGACGGCAGGCUUGCGCGAGGGUGUAGGGAGGUGUGUCGGAGAGGCUGUGAGGGAUCACGCCACCGCGGCCUCGUCUGUGUCCCUCAGCAAGGUGGUGGCGCUGGGCAUCGCUCCCUGGGGCCUGGUGCACAACCGACAGCAGCUGGUCAACCCUCAGGGUAGCUUCCCCGCUAAGUACUAUGUCCAGAACACGUCCCGGGACUCCUGCUGCCUCGACAACAACUACCAGGCCUUCCUGCUGGUGGACGAUGGGAGCGUGGGACGCAGAGGAGGAGAGACAGGGUUCAGGGCCAAACUGGAGGACUAUAUCUCCCACCAGCGUACAGGCAUCUGGGGCAGUGGCAGCAUUGACAUCCCUGUCCUUUGUAUGCUGAUAUCUGGGGAGGCAAGCAUGCUGGAGAGAGUGGAUCUGUCCCUGAAAAACUCCAUGCCCUGGCUGGUGCUGGCUGGCUCAGGAGGCGUGGCCGACUUCCUGAGCGACAUCUUGGAGAACCUGUCGUCAGCCCCCACGCCCCAGUCUUCCGGCGAGGGUGAUGGCGAGGCGGGUGCCAGCAUGGAUCUGAAAGACAGAGUGGCAGAGCGGGUUAAAAAGCACUUCCCGUCUGAAGCGGAGACGGACAAACUAGUCGAACGAACUCUGACCAUCUACCAGAACCGAGAUUUGAUUACGAUCUACCACGGAGAGCAGGAAGGCCCAGAUGACUUUGAUACUGUCCUGCUCAAAACCUUAGUGGGAGCCAGUAAGCACCGUGCGUCAGUUGAUGCCAGCCCUUACAAUGAAGAGCUGAAGCUCGCGGUCACGUGGAACAGGGUCGACAUUGCCAAGAGCGAACUCUUCAACGGAGACAUCCAGUGGAGGUAUGAAGACUUGGAGGACUCAAUGACGGAUGCCCUGAUCAAUGACAAGCCUGAGUUUGUGCGUCUUUUCACUGAGAAUGGCCUCAACAUCCUGGACUACCUGACUUAUGGCAGGCUGGAGAGCCUCUACCGCUCGGUGGCUGACGGGACGCUUCUUUACCAUCUGCUACAGCGCCACCUCGUGGAGCGACUUGGAACUACAGCACCUGCUUACGCACAGUCCAACCAGCAGGGCUCGCCUUCCAAACUGUCAGCAGAGAAAAUGCAGAAUGGUCCGGUGACUGAGAUCAGCCUUUUUGAGGUGUCACGGGUCCUGGAACUGUUAAUGGGUGAUGUUUGCCAGCCAUUCUACUUUGAUGCUUUGGGAUUAGAGAAUAUCUCAUCCAAGAGGAGGGCUCUUCGGCGUGUCAGUAAGCUGCUUCGUGGAGAUUGCCCCUAUCGGGAGAGACGCUGCCUUUACCCCUGGGCCUCGCUCUUCAUCUGGGCCGUCCUGCAGAACCGCAGCGACAUGGCCACGUUCUUCUGGGAAAUGGCGGGGGAGUCAGUGCUCAGUGCUCUUAGUGGCUGUAAGAUCUUGAGAGAACUGUCCAAACUGGAGAUUGAGACUGAGACCAAACUCUCCAUGAAAGAGCUGGCCCAGAGGUUUGAGAACCUGGCACAUGAUGUCUUCAGCUCUUGCUAUCGGAGCAACGAGAGUCGCUCUUUCACCCUGUUGAUUAGGCAGUCUCCGGUCUGGGGUGGCACCACCUGCCUCCAGAUGGGCAUGGGUGCUGAUGCACGGCUUUUUUUCAGUAACGAUGGAGUGCAGUCUCUGUUGUCCCAGAUCUGGUGGGGUGACAUGAAGCGGAACACAGAGGUGUGGAGACUCAUACUCACCUUCUUCUGCCCCAUCCUCUGCUACACCAACUUAAUCUCCUUCAGGAAACACGACGACCAGCAGCAAGAGGAGGAGGGGAAGCCUAACGAGGACGGACCAGGCCGGGACAGCGACAGCCUCUACGGCACCACCGUCUUCUCCUUCUCUGACAUCAAGCACAUUGAAGCUGACACGCAAGAAGUGCACACUCCCAGAAUGGCAACCAUCAAAGGCAUACCUCAAACUCACAGACCCCCAAAGCGUCCAUUCAUAGUGUCGAGAUGGCGCCAGUUCUGGUUUGCACCUGUCACCUCAUUUUUGGGCAACGUCCUGAUGUACUUCCUCUUCCUGCUGCUUUUUGCCUACGUGCUGCUGGUGGACUUCAAGCCGCCUCCACCCGAAGGUCCGGCCAUCACUGAGUAUGUGCUGUAUUUCUGGGUGUUCACCAUCGUGUGCGAGGAGAUCCGGGAGACAUUCUUUCUGGGGACAAUGACAUUGCGUCAGAGGAUUAGAGUGUACAUUCAGGAUGUGUGGAACAAGUGUGACAUCACUGCCAUCAUACUGUUCAUCAUAGGACUAAUCUGCAGGAUGUUCCACUGGAGUUAUGAAUUCGGCCGAGACAUCCUGUGCGUGGACUACAUGGUCUUCACCCUCCGCCUCAUUCACAUCUUUGCCAUUCACAAACAGCUGGGUCCAAAAAUCAUCAUUGUUGGCAAGAUGAUGAAGGAUGUUUUCUUCUUCCUCUUCUUCCUGGGGGUGUGGCUCAUGGCGUAUGGAGUAGCCAACCAGGCUUUGAUUUAUUCUUACGACCCUCGCCUCGAUCGCAUCUUCCGCCGGGUUUUCUACAGGCCGUAUUUGCACAUCUUUGGACAGAUCCCUGUGGAAGAGAUGGAUGUGGGGAAGGAGUGGGACAUGCCUUGCACAGACAACGUGACACUGAUCCAGGACGGCGCAGAGCCAUGCAGAACCCUUUACAGUAACUGGCUGGUGGUGAUUCUGCUGGUCAUUUAUCUGCUGGUCACCAACAUCCUGCUCAUCAACCUGCUCAUUGCUAUGUUUAGCUACACCUUCUCUGAGGUGCAAGCGAACAGCGACAUUUACUGGAAGUUCCAGCGCUACAACCUGAUUGUUCAGUACCACUCCCGUCCUUCCCUGGCGCCUCCUUUCAUCAUCCUCUCUCACAUCAAUCUCUUUAUCAAGAGGACCAUCCGCAAGGUGCCCUCGAUCAAGAUCCACCAUUUUGUAUUGGAGUUAAAAGGGAAAGCGGCUAACAGGCUAAUGACAUGGGAAACCAUUCAGAAGGAGGACUUCCUGACUGCACAGACCAAGAUCCAAAAAAGCAGUGACUCAGAGAGGCUAAAACGGAUGUCUGUCAAAGUGGAUGGUGUGCUUAAACAUCUGACUGAAAGCAGAGACUUUGACCACAGGCUAAGGGCUCUGGAGAAUGAGAUGGAGUACUGCUCAAAUGCUCUCAGCUGGAUUGUGGAUACUCUGGCACAAGGCAGCACGUUCAAACCUCCUCGGCCUCCACCUACAUUAAGAGAUGCAUUCCCAUCCAGUUCCACCUGAGUCAGCCUCGGCGAUGCUCAGAGCCAGUAAAGGACAAGAAUUGAGUGCGUUUAUUCUUGUGCCACACACCAACCUGUGUUACUGUAUUCUAACCUGUGUUACUGUAUUCCAGCCAUAGUCGUCACUGGACUCAUUUACCAAAGUUACAGUACAGUUGUUACAGUACUGAGUGAAUGCAGAAGUGUGCAGUCUGUCUUAUUCUAAUGCCAAAAGACGUGUGUGUAUUUAUGAUGUAGUAUGAUAUUUUUAUGUAUUUUAUUUCCCAGUGCUUUUAUGUCUAUUGCUGUAGUUUUAAGCUGACAGCUGGAAUACUGUUUUUAAGGUUUUUAUAUAGUUUUUAUUGUUCUAUUGAAACUAUGAUCUUGUUUACUCUCUGUCUUCUGGUUGCUU